AGGCUACUUUUAUGUGUUGUAUAAAUACAAAACUUGGGAUUAAAGUAAAUGCUGAAAUUAGAAUUAUGCCAGUUACAAGCACCUGAAAAAUACUACCCUAGGUAUUAAAUCUUUUUCUAACUGAUUUCCCUGCCACUGGCAAUGAAGACUGAGCUGCUGCAAGCACUUUAUUAGCAUCUUUUGAACAGUUAGGAGAAGCUUACGAAAACUGCCACGCGUUUUGCCAGCUCACACAGAAAGUAUCAAGAUUCCUGAUGGGACAAUGAAGCACUUUCUACUUCAUCAUUCUCCUUUGUCAUCCGUUUGACACUGGCUUUGUAUUUAUUACAAAUUACUUCUGUAUAAGCCAUCUUUUACUAAAUGAAGUACGGGAAUUUGGCAGUGCUGUUCAGAGUCAGAUCUCUGCAACUCCUACUUAGGCAGAUGUGUUUCCAUUUUACUGAUUUGGCAAUUCAUUCAAAAAGUGAAACAAAACAAAUGCACUUAAGUAAACUCAGCCUCACUGUAACAAACUUCACCUGCAGCAAACUAUCUAGAAAAUCAGGACAUUGGCCAGAAUAGCAGGAACAUAAUAAGAAUAAUAAAAAGAACAUAGCACAGGCUAAGAGACACAAAAGAACAAGGGCAGACAGCACAGACAGUAAGGAAUUGCAGUUAAGACAGGAUGAAACUAUUCCUACUGCUGUGGCUAGAUCCUACAGUAGGAUUUUCAGGUUUGGAGUGUAGUUUUUUUUUCCUGUAAAUCUAAGACAAUUUGAGUGCAAUGCCUUUGAGUUAAGGGCUAAAAGCAGGAUGACUGUGCCAGCAAACAGGAGAAAUGUCUUUUACCAGCAGGAUAAACUAAACUCACUAAGGUUUAUUUUGCUUCCUGAUGCUUGUCACAGCUCUUCUUGCAAGCUGUUUUUUUCUAACGAUCCAGUGAAGAUUGUGAAGGCAAAGGGGCAGUAUAUGUAUGAUGAGAAUGGGAGACAGUACCUUGACUGCAUAAACAAUGUUGCUCACGUUGGACACUGUCACCCUGAUAUAGUAAAGGCAGCCCAUGAACAGAAUCAAUUGUUAAAUACAAAUUCUCGUUAUCUUCAUGACAACUUGGUUGAUUAUGCAGAGAGACUUUCAAAAACACUACCUGAGAAAUUAUGCAUCUUCUAUUUUUUGAAUUCUGGAUCUGAAGCCAACGACCUUGCCCUGAGAUUGGCACGGCAGUACACAAAACAUGAGGACGUUAUUGUUUUAGACCAUGCUUACCAUGGACAUCUGACAUCUUUGAUUGACAUAAGCCCAUAUAAAUUCAGAAAUCUAGAAGGACAAAAGGAAUGGGUCCACGUGGCUCCUGUUCCUGACACGUACAGAGGACUUUAUAGAGAAGACCAUGAGGAUGCAGUAACAGCCUAUGCUGAUGAAGUAAAAAAUAUUAUUGAGCAAGCACAUAAAAGAGGCAGAAAGAUUGCUGCAUUUUUUGUUGAAUCUCUACCAAGUGUGGGUGGCCAAAUCAUUCCCCCAGCAGGUUAUUUUCAGAAGGUUGCAGAGCAUGUGCACAAGGCAGGAGGUGUAUUUAUUGCUGAUGAAAUUCAAGUUGGCUUUGGCAGGGUUGGCAAGCACUUUUGGGCAUUCCAGCUUCAGGGAGAAGAUUUUGUACCUGAUAUUGUCACUAUGGGAAAACCAAUAGGAAAUGGGCACCCACUUGCUUGUGUAGCAACAACAAAAGAAAUUGCAGAAGCAUUUGCGGGCACGGGAGUAGAGUACUUUAAUACAUUUGGUGGGAACCCUGUUUCAUGUGCCAUUGGAUUAGCUGUGUUAGAUGUGAUUGAGAAGGAACACCUUCAGGCUCAUGCCACAGAGGUAGGCAACUUCUUGAUGAAGAUACUCAAGGAGCAGCAAAUCAAGCAUCCCAUCAUUGGUGAUGUCAGAGGUUGUGGCUUAUUCAUUGGAGUGGACUUAAUCAAGGACCAAGCAGAAAGGACUCCAGCCACGGCAGAAGCAGAGGAUUUAAUAACAAGACUUAAGGAAAGAUAUAUUCUACUGAGUACAGAUGGGCCAGGAAGAAAUGUGCUGAAAUUCAAGCCCCCAAUGUGUUUUAAUAUGGAGGAUGCAAAAUUUGUUGUGGAGACAAUUGACAAAAUACUAACAGAUAUGGAAAAAGAAUGUCUGAACCAACAGAAAACACAUAUUUGUUCUGCUUGAACAGGUUUCAAACAAUGUUCAAGAUCUACUACUAAGAAACAUUAUUCUACUAUAAUAAUGCACAUUUAAUUUUCAUCCUAGCAUGUCUUAGACCAGAUAAAUCACCUUUGAUUUUCCUGUUUUCAUUUAUCUUGUUUUAGUAAAAGCUCUAAGAGAAAUAAAUUUUGCAAGAGCUUGUCUCAA